AUGGCUAUCUCACUAUCUACCGGGGACGGCGCUGACCACCCCAACCCGUACGAGGACGUGUCGAGUUGGUGGACAUUCUUCUUCACCGGUGGUUACAGCUGGCGGUGGUUCUCGAAUCCACACCUCUACUUCCGCCCAAAUCUCGAGUACGUACCAGGACCUGCCCCAUUCACCGUCAUCGAUGGGCUAGGCCGCGAGAAGAGCUUCGACAAGCCAUUCGAUUGCUUCAUUCACCCUUUCACCGGCAAGAUUGAGACCCUCUAUGUGCAGGCUCCCAAGUCCAUUUGCCUAUCUUCUGUCAACCGCCCAAAUGCGACGUGGAAACGGACACCGAUUCGCAAUGUCACUCCUAUCUCGUUGCGCAUUGCAAACCUCCCGUUUCGUUUCAUCCCUGCCGAGCGGAGGGGUGACAGACGCAAGUACCGUCCAGAGGACUGGCUAAUUGUGAUUGGCCUGUGGAUCCCUACGCUUGUUAUCUUCUUCAUGUCUUGGAUGAUACGGGAUCACUCUCCGCCUACGGAAAAGGAUCAAACAAAGUACCUUCCCGUGAUGUAUAGGGGCCUCAGAUACCCUCGCCUGGCACGGAACAUCCUCGAAAACCGAGAGGUAGUGGCUCGCAGUCUAUAUAUCACUGGAUCCGGGAACAUAUCGGCAGCCCGCUCCUCUUACCGGACCUUCCGUCCACGGUUCUUGAACUACUUGGUUGAGACCGUACGGGAUGGGCGGAGGGUAUAUGAGUUUGAACGACACCCGGUUCGCGCGGAUGAUUUGACCCCUUUCGUGAUGGUCUGCUACUCAUCAGCGCAUUAUCACAUUCCCGACGAGACUGAGGACGAGCAAGGUGGCGACUCCGGGGACCUUGAGGCUCUUCUUGCUGUUGCUACUGCAGCUGCUGUCAGACACUUCAGUCCAAUGCCUUCUGACCUGCGGAAGACUCCGAGAGCAUUCUGGAUCGCAGCAAAUUGCAUGCCACCUGAUGUGGCCGUUGAUAAGACCGGAAAUUUGCGGCGCGUAGAAGGGUUUGAGAGGGAAAUGCUUGCGAAUGAGGACACCUACAGCAUCAGCGACAUCAUUCGAGCCGCCAAGCAUGUUAUUGUUGUCGCGGGCAACAGAAGCCGCCCUUGGGACAACAGGGCACUCUACGUGUGGGGCCACCGCGUUUGGACGCUGCCCGAGAUUGUCUUGAGCAAAGGCGACUCGGUCACCGUUUGGCACUGCGGAGCCAGAGAAAAACCCUCGCCGUCCUACGAGGUACACGAAGUUUCCAAGUCGUUGUUCCCAUCGUGCGCUUGGGAGGACUCCUUGACGUCGCGUCAGCUCAUUGAACACUAUACCAACCUGCACCUCGGCCGACUAGAACUCGUGAAGAUUGCGUUGGAGUGUUUGAUGAGCCGUAGGUUUAGGUCAUUACACCCCGGCGACAGAGUCUACGUGCUGAUGGGCUUGCUUCGGAUUCGCCCGCCUAUCGACAAGACCGACUCGGCUUUUCAAGCCUUUGCGCGCUUGUCCCUCCCACAAGACAGCGAUCGUCUCAUGGAGCGCCUGAUAUGCCUUCUUCCGGACACGCCCGACCAGAACUGGGAGCUGAUGACAGACCAAUUCAAAGCUAGCCUUUGGGACAUAUACCCGGAUACGCAGGUUUGCGGCGUCGGCGAGAAUGACACGGUCAUUGUGGACGGCGCUAAGGGCGCGCAGAUCCAGUGGUCCGGCUUCACUUCAGUGCGUACACUCCGGCGGCUUACGACAAAACGCAAAGCAUUCUUGAGGUUCUUGGCUUGGUCGCCCCUUUUGUUUUUCAUCGGCGUCAUAAUUGCCGCCGUGAGCGCACCGAAUCCCCCUGCGCGCUACGGCGGCGCCUACGGCUCUCACUCCUUGGGAAGUUUCGGCCCUACGAUUCAAAGAGAUGCGUACGCUGCAGGACUCGCCAUCACGAUCAUUACUCUGCUGCUAUUCAUUCUCCCGGCUCCAUACUUUCUCCAGCGCCUUCAUGCCGGCAAGCUGUGGGAGGUCGAGCCUUGUUUCUUCGGCAUCGAAGGCUAUGUGCCCCUCGAAGCAAUCGAGGAGAAGCUCUUCGGCAUAUCCGGAAGGGACGGUCCGCGUCUGCGCUGGAGCGAGUAUGGCUCGCCGCUCUCACAGCACAGAGAAGGCAAGGCAAAGCACGAGCGCGUCGUGCGUUACAGGUAUCAUGACACCAACAACGUUGGUGCAGUGGACACUGUAUCCGCAAUCGACACCUACCCAGUGGAAACAGUCGACCCCACCAGCCCCUGCGCCGCAUGCGCCCCCAUCAACGGUGGCCAAUACUGCCACUACCACCCGACCGUCGCCUCUUGUCACAAUGCCAGCACAAGGAGCGCUAUGGGUCAGAUGAAGGUCUUCACGCUGGUCGACACCUUCAACCUUACUGUGACGCUCUUUUACGCGGUGCGGCCGCCGACGGUGCUGGUCGCGGGAGGCAGUGAGGGCGGCAUGAAACGGGCCAUCGCGUGCUCGUUCGAUGUCACCACAGGCACACUUUAUCGCGAGACGGUGUUGCGUAUUCCUUCACAGGGGGUCGAUCGCAUGGAGAGAUUGCCGCGGAUCAGGUUGGGCUUAAGGAGGCCUUUCUUGGAAGGGGACGUUAGGGAGGUGCAUCGGACAAUGGUAGGCGGAAGGAGUUGA